AUGAUCAUACGCCUGUUGAGGAAUAACUUCAAAAACGCACCUCUCGCCGUGCGCCAUGCAUUGGUCAAGCCGGCAUCAGGCAAACAUCUCCACACAUGCACCAAGCCCGCAUCUCGAAGUUCCUUUACAAGAUCCGCCUUACUAGGAACAACAUCAGCAGCCGUGGGGAUACUCUACUACUCGACCCAAUUGCACAAUGAUAAGCUCCACAACGAUGUGCAUGCGCUCGACACUUCAGUUCACGAACUCAACCCUGUUAAAGAGGCAGACACUUACGAAAAUGGUCUCUACCAAGCAUCCCAAGAAGAAGAGAGACGGCAAUACGCCGAGUAUCGCCAAAGCCGAACGUCUCACCCGCUUUUCCUUGUCAGAAUAGCUUACUACCUCAAGUUUGCAUUUGAGGACUGCGUGCUCGACCCAUUGCUCACUUUUGGCCGGUUUAUCGAACUUUCAUUCAUAUUCUUGCCCGUGCUUCUAUCGAGCCCCCUCUGCUGGUUUGGCCGUAAACACAGAAACGCGGAUGGCGUCAUGGUUAGAACGGGUGCCCUGAUAUGGUACAGGUACUUGCGCUGGACUUUGGAGCAAGCGGGCGCAAGUUUCAUCAAGUUGGGCCAGUGGGCAGCUAGCAGAACUGAUAUCUUCCCGCAGGAGAUGUGCGAUCAAUUGGCUACGUUGCAUAGCAACGCCAAGGCUCACGGCUUGGCGGCUACUAAAAAGACCCUCGAAAAGAGCUUUGGAGGUUUGCCGUUUGAGGAGAUUUUCGAUGAGUUUAACGAGAGUCCCGUGGGUGUUGGUGCCAUUGCCCAGGUUUACACGGCAAAGUUGUCGAAAAAAGUAUUGCAAAAGGCAGCAGAGGAGGAAAAGAGGAUUGAACAAAUGUUGAAGGAACAAAAAGGUAAAGGCAAUGGCAAUGGCAGCGGUGACAUGGCGAACAAAUUCUUUGACCAAUUGGUGGUGACGGAACACUUGGACAGCAAUGAGGCUGUUGCUAUCAAAGUUUUGCACCCCAACGUUGAGGUUAAAAUCAACCGUGAUUUGAAAGUGAUGAAAUUUUUCGCAGACUUUAUCAACAUCAUACCGACCAUGGAAUGGUUGAGUUUGCCAGACGAAGUUGAGCAGUUUUCCAUCUUGAUGAGAUUGCAAUUGGACUUGAGAAUUGAAGCAAUGAAUCUAGCUAAAUUCAGGCAGAAUUUCAAGAGCAGAUUGGACAUCCACUUCCCCAAGCCGUACUUGAACUUUACCACUAGAGAUGUUUUGGUUGAAGAGUACAUCUACGCCAUUCCAUUGAGUAAACUAUUGAGCUUGACCGAGAAUUUCGGCAAAAACUUGUCAAAGGAAGUGAGUGACAAGGGUCUCGAUGCCUUUUUGAAAAUGUUGAUAUUGGAUAACUUUGUUCACGCCGAUUUGCACCCUGGUAACAUGAUGGUGAGAUUCUAUAAAAAUGAUAUUUACCCGCACAAGAAGGAGUACAAAAUCGUCAAGACUGCAAACAUCGACGACACAAAUCGAGUCACCCAGGAGCUAUUGAAACUCGGUAACAACCCAACCAAGUGGUGCGAGCGACUCGCCAGGCUUUACGAGGAAGGGUACCACGUCGAGAUUUGCUUCCUCGACGUUGGCCUUAUCACGGAACUCAACCACCAAGACCGGGUCAACUUUAUUGACUUGUUCAAAUCACUAUCAGAAUUUGAUGGAUAUAAAGCUGGUGAGCUUAUGGUUGAAAGAUCACGUACACCCGAGACCGCCAUCAAUAAAGAGAUAUUUGCAUUGAAAGUGGAAAAAUUGGUGGAUAGAAUGAGGGACCGUACAUUCACUUUGGGUAACGUCAGCAUUGGAGAUCUCUUGGAACAAGUCUUGCUGAUGGUGCGGUCGCACCACGUUCGAAUGGAAGGCGACUUUGUCACGGUCAUAGUGGCCAUCUUACUAUUGGAAGGAAUCGGACGACAAUUGGAUCCAAACUUGGAUCUCUUCGCAAGGUUCGUAUACGCUUUAACAUUCGGGCUCCCCACAGAGGAAGUGUCUAUGCGCACCAUGAUCUCAUUGGGGAUGCUUGCCCUGUAA